GUUUAACAUGCAGGUGUGUGACAGUGGGAGUGAUGCUGGGAAAUGUGGGAAACUCCUCUCACAUUCUCAGAACUGAUAAAUAAUCACUCCCUGCUUGGACAGUCUGGCCUCAGAGCGACCAUGAUCCUGCAACAGCGGUGGCUGAUUUUGGCUGUGGAAAGCAUCUUUAUAUGCCUCUCCAGGCAGUCUUUUCCUCAGAAGAGACGGUGUGUAUUCCAAGUGACUCGCCAGAACAACAAAUACACAACUGCUGGCAAUGUGAGUGGGUCGGUGCAGCUCUGCGAGACCACCCGAUGCUGUGUGGGCUAUUUUUUGAUCAUCAAUGGCCAGCCAGAAGUUGACACUCUUGCUUGUGAUAUAGUUGAAAAGUCUUGCCCAGAUACAACCUGCAAGGCGCAAACACGCUUCAAUGGUCUCCUCAUUAAGUGUGUGUGCAACACAGACCUCUGCAACAGCAACAUUACUUGGACGCCAGAGUCAGAAGAGCCUCGGCCCACCUACCCGUAUGCUGUAGUGAAAACUGCUGGUUAUGUUAUGGUAUGUUUGGUCGGACUUUUGCUGGUGCUGUGCUUCCUGAUCCUUGCUACCAAAUGGAGACGACACUUCAAAGAGAAAAAGAAGAAUCCACUCUCCCUUGAUGAUUACAGUGUCUCACAACUGUGUUCCUGCCAGACAACAAAAACCUCUGAGAUUGACGUCGCUAAUAUUGAACUACAGCAAAUUGUGGGCCAUGGUCGUUUUGCAACUGUUUGGCGAGGGAAAUACCAGGGAUCCACUGUGGCUGUGAAAGUUUUCCCUGCAGGCUGGAAACAGAAGUUUACUGCAGAGAAAGAGGUUUAUGAGCUACCACUAAUGAAGCAUGCUGGGAUUGUCAAUUUCCUGGGCACUGGAAGGAAACCGGAUGGAGGCAGUUGGCUCAUUGUCCUGCAAUUUGCUAAAUAUGGUUCUCUCCACUCCUUUCUGUGUGAGCACACCACCAACUGGAUGUCGUUACUGAAGUUGUGCCAGUCUUUAUCACAGGGACUUUCUUAUCUCCACUCUGACCUUCACAGACAUGAUGUGCACAAACCUCCUGUAGCCCACAGAGACUUAAGCAGCUCCAAUGUUCUCGUGAGAGCAGAUGGUACCUGUGCCCUGUGUGAUUUUGGAUGCUCCGCCAUCCUCCGUUUUUGUUCAGGAUAUCGCCACUGGCAGAGACACAUGACAGAGACGGAGUUGGGCAAGCUGCGCUACAUGCCACCUGAGAUCCUGGAUGGCUCCGUAGACCUAAGCAACACUUGGUGUCUCAUGCAGGGGGACAUAUAUGCAUUGGGACUGCUCUUGUGGGAGAUCUGCAUGCGCUGCACUGACUUGUUUGAAGGCGGUAAUGUUCCACAGCAUCUGUUGCCUUAUGAAUCUGAGCUGGGACUCAAUGUAACCCAGGAGAGCCUCAUCCUGCAUGUGUUUCACAUGGACAAGAGACCCUCCAUACCUCAACACUGGGGACUGCUACCACAGGUAUUCUUACACAGGGAUCUAAGCUGCAGGAGCUCCUGACAGAUUGUUGGGAUUGUGACCCAGACGCCCGGCUGUCUGCUCAGUGUGUUGUGGAAAGAUUAAUUUCUCUUCAGUCAUGUUACUCUGCGUGACUUUUUUUUUCUGGGUUAUAAUCUACAUAUCAAACAUUUGCACUGUACUGUUUGCACUCACUAGUACUGUUUUUGCUACUGGUGCUGUUUUCCAUGUAGCCCUUUAACUUUUUCUUUAACUCUUUUUUUCUAUUAGAUACACACAACUGAGUUAAUGAAUUUCAGGUACAUUAAAGAAAAAAAAAUAAAAGACUUAUGUUAAACAUUAAAAGCAAUUUUCAAAAGAUAUGUUUUUAUUAGGUUAAAUAAUAUGUACAACUACUAGUUAGAUUUUAGUAACAGACAUUUUGAGCUAAUACUGUUAAUGAAGGCUCUGUUAGAUUAAGUACUCCAAGAAGCCAAGACAUUUUUUUCUUUUUCACUGAAAACUUUUUGACAGCACAGGUGUAAAAUACCUUUUAAGUGACUUUCCCUUUUACAUUAAAGUCUAUGUAUGGCUGGAAAUCAAACACACACA